CUCAACCGGAAAAUUGCAGUCCCAAAGCUGAUUCGACAUGGUGUCCAAGGUGUGCUGGAUACUACUUGGAGUGGUGGUGAUUCAAGUUGUUGGAAAGCCUGUGACCGAUGAAGAAUGGAAUAUCCCUCUCCCGGACUAUCCAGAUCGCGAUCAUGAUCGAGACCCAACUUUAAAUGAGAUAGCGACAAACCAACCUUGCGGACAAUCAUCCGGAUCCUUGGGCAAAACGCUCAAGUGUUACGCCAAGGGACCACUGCUUUCCAAGGAUCUGCUCCUACCAGCGAAGCGCAACGCCGUCCAGGUCGACACCGGUCCGAUUAGCUGCGAAGAGGUCACCGGGUACAUCAUGGCCCUGCAUCGAACGUACAGCCGACGGUGCGCCAACCUGGCGGAUAGGUGUCCCCCAGAGUACCGGUACGCCGUGUCUUGGUUCGGCCGAGUGUCCCGCGAUAUGGCGCAAAAGUGCGACAAAGAGAGUGGUAGCGCCGAGAAUUGAUCAAUAAACGCUUGAUUAUCUUGAAA